AUGUCUUCCACGUCGCAGUCACUAUCCACUUCCAAUGUUGUGGAUCUUUCUUCAACAUUCAGUAAAAGAAAUCAAGCAAAAUAUCGUUUUCAUACGACAAACGCGUCUCACACUCCUUAUACUCCUUCCUCAAAGAACACCACUACAGACAAGAAGUUUGCGAUCGUUGCAGUGAUUGAAGGUCGUGGUAGCACGAAAGGCCAUAUUGGACUAGCCAUUAUGGAUCUUCGCCAGGCUGACAUAGAAAUAAACGAGUUCAUCGACUCCUCCACAUAUUCGCGACUAAAGAUGAAGUUGUUGGUUGCUGAGCCUGUAGAGGUGAGACUUCCUAUCACCAGCUUCAUCCUUUUUUCGUUUCUUUGUAGUUUUUGAAU